UGCUGCCUCCCCAACUGUUGACGACCGGAGAUGGCAUUAUCUCCCGUCGCUUCAACAGCCUCCUGCGGCGGCGACCGUUUCUCUUCCCGCGCUUUCUCGCCUCCAGUGAGCUACAAUGCCACGUCGGUGAAGUCGCCGUCCUCCUUCCCCGGCGUUUCGGUGUUUCCUCCCUAUCUGCGCUCUUCUCGUCUCAGAAAUGCCUGUAAUUCCAAUUGGAGUGCAAGAGUCCUGUCAGAUUCUCACGAAUCUAUCGCAAUUGCAGAUAAAAAUCAGUUUCCCAAGGGUGAAGGCUGGAGCGUUCACAAAUUUGGCGGCACUUGUGUUGGAAGCUCCGAUAGGAUACAAAAUGUUGCUGAUAUAAUAAUCAAUGAUAAAUCAGAGGGAAAGUUGGUUGUUGUGUCUGCAAUGUCAAAAGUGACCGAUAUGAUGUUUGAUUUGAUUUACAAAGCACAAUCCCGCAACGACUCAUAUGUGAGUGCACUGCAUGCUGUUCACGAGAAACACAAGUUGACUGCAUUAGAUUUACUUGAUGGAAAGGAUCUUACAACUUUCUUGUCAAAACUGGACUCUGACAUCAACAAGCUCAAAGUGAUGCUCCAGGCAUUAUAUAUAGCGGGUCAUUCAACAGAGUCACAAUCAGAUUUUGUUGUUGGGCACGGAGAGCUUUGGUCUGCUCAAUUGCUAUCCUUGGUUGUCAAAAAGAAUGGAGGGAAAUGUGCAUGGAUGGACACCAGGGAGGUCCUUGUUGUGACUCCUACUAAUUCAAAUCAAGUUGAUCCCGAUUAUAUGGCAUCGGAGGAAAGACUUGACCACUGGUACUCUAAAAACCCAUAUAAGACAAUCAUUGCAACUGGUUUUAUUGCGAGCACACCCGACAACAUACCUACUACUUUGAAGAGAGAUGGCAGCGACUUUUCUGCUGCUAUUAUGGGUUCUCUUGCUAGAGCAGACCAAGUUACAAUAUGGACUGAUGUUGAUGGUGUUUACAGUGCUGAUCCAAGAAAAGUUAGUGAUGCUGUGAUACUUAAGACAUUAACCUAUCAAGAGGCAUGGGAAAUGUCAUAUUUUGGUGCAAAUGUCUUGCAUCCUCGAACAAUUGUUCCUGUUAUGCAGUACAAAAUCCCCAUUGUAAUAAAGAAUAUCUUCAACCUUUCUGCGCAUGGAACAAUAAUUUGUCAGUCUAAUGGCAAUCAACAUCAUGACAGGCAGCAGUCAGAAUCUCUUGUCAAAGGAUUCGCAACAAUAGACAAUAUAGCUCUAGUGAAUGUUGAAGGAACUGGAAUGGCUGGUGUUCCUGGUACAGUUAGCACUAUUUUCAGUGCAGUGAAAGAUGUUGGAGCUAAUGUUAUCAUGAUAUCACAGGCUAGUAGUGAGCACUCUGUAUGCUUUGCUGUACCAGAAAAAGAAGUUAAAGCAGUUGCUGAAGUUUUAGAAUCCAGAUUUUCUCAUGCAUUGGGUGCAGGACGUCUUUCCCAGAUUUCAAUUAUCCCAAACUGUAGCAUUUUAGCAGCAGUUGGUCAAAGGAUGGCAAGUACACCAGGAGUUAGUGCUACACUUUUCUCUGCACUUGCGAAGGCCAAUAUCAAUGUACGUGCCAUUGCUCAAGGUUGCUCAGAGUACAACAUUACAGUAGUCGUUAAACGAGAAGACUGUGUAAGGGCUUUACACGCAGUGCACUCAAGAUUCUACUUGUCAAAAACAACAAUUGCAGUUGGUAUUAUUGGACCUGGUUUAAUUGGUAGUACAUUGCUUGACCAGCUGAAAGAUCAGGCAUCAUUCUUAAAGGAGAAGUUUAAUAUUGAUUUGCGUGUUAUGGGAAUUACUGGAUCAAGGAAGAUGCUAUUGUCUGGGAAUGGUGUUGACUUGACAAAAUGGAAAUCACUGCUAAGUGAAAAAGGAGAAGAUGCCAACUUGAAGAAGUUUGCACAACAUGUUCGUGAAAAUCAUUUUGUCCCAAAUACUGUUAUUGUAGAUUGCACUGCAGAUUCUUAUGUUGCGAGCCAUUAUUAUGAAUGGCUGCAAAGAGGAAUACAUGUGAUUACUCCAAACAAGAAGGCUAAUUCAGGACCACUUAACCAGUAUUUAAAACUGAGAGCUCUUCAACGUCAAUCCUAUACUCAUUACUUCUAUGAAGCUACUGUUGGAGCUGGCCUACCAAUUAUUAGUACCUUGCGUGGUCUUCUUGAAACUGGGGACAAAAUAUUGAAGAUAGAGGGGAUUUUCAGUGGAACUUUGAGUUAUAUAUUCAACAACUUCACGGGAUCACGGGCUUUUAGUGAAGUGGUCAAGGAGGCAAAAGAAGCUGGUUAUACAGAACCAGACCCAAGGGAUGACCUAUCUGGAACAGAUGUUGCGAGAAAGGUGAUAAUUCUUGCAAGAGAGUGUGGACUGGAGCUAGAACUUUCCGAUGUGUCAGUUAAAAACCUCGUGCCGCAGCCGCUAAGGGCCAGUGCAUCAGCUGAAGAAUUCAUGCAGCAGCUGCCACAAUUUGAUGAAGAUUUAGCCAAUCAAAGGCAGGAAGCUGAAGCUGCAGGAGAGGUCUUGAGAUAUGUUGGGGUGGUUGAUGUGGGCCUCCAAGAGGGGACGGUGAAAUUGGAAAGGUACAAGAUGGGCCACCCGUUUUCUCAGCUUUCUGGGUCGGAUAACAUAAUCGCCUUCACCACCGAGAGGUAUGCGACGCAGCCGCUGAUUGUGCGCGGGCCCGGAGCUGGAGCCGAGGUUACGGCUGGAGGAGUGUUCAGUGAUAUAUUACGACUUGCUUCCUACCUCGGCGCUCCCUCUUAGGUAUUGGAGUUUUGUUUUUCCUUCGGUCGCAUACAUUAUCUAUUACUCCGAAUGGAUUUCUGCAAAGUGAAUUUUGUUGCUUUUUUGCUUGUUUAAUUAGAGAAUAAGCAAGGCUUUAUGCUUGUGCUAUAGGUGUUCUUCAUAUAUAUGUAUUUGUUGAAGUUUGGUCUUUCUUGUUCCCUUCUUACCAAUAAUGAAGCUUUUAGUUAUGAGCUAGUGUCCAUAUCUCUAGCACUCUAUGUUCGUUUCUUUUACUUCGACUAAAAGCCUUUUUUCCCU